AUGAAAGCAGACUAUUCAACAGCGCACAAGCAUUGUCGGAAUCAAGGAGGAUAUCUUGCUUUUUUCUUGGAUCAAAAAGAAUUUGAUGAUUACAAACUCAAUAAUAAUCAGGAGUAUAUUGGCUAUUGGUCAUGUGAUCAUCCGAAUUUUAUGACAGCUGAUGGGAACGAAGCGGAGUUUACCAACUGGGGCUGGGGCGAACCGAAUAAUGACAAUGGAAAUGAGGUUUGUAUCUCUCUCCUCCCUAAUGGAAAAAUGAGCAGUGUUCCAUGCGAUAGAGAAUACGAGUUCUCUUGUCGACUGCCUCAACUUUGUCUGUCUCAAGAUAACUGUGAGGAAUACUUUUGUCGCUAUGGAAAUAUUUGUUAUCACAAUGAUGACGUCUCGACAUCCGAAAAACCAAAGUGUCCGACUUCUUACAGUGGACAGAAUUGUGAAUGCGGCCCUAUUUUUGUCCCUCAAACAGACGAGUUCGGAAAGUUCAUCGAAGCAGAUUACGCAACUGCGAAUAAGAUUUGCCGUCGUCAAGGCGGCUUUCUUGCGUUUCUUUUGAAUCAGAAGGAACACGAUGAUUACACGAGUUCUGUUUGGUUUCCAAAAAGUGACACGAGUGAUGCAUUUGCUUAUGGCACUGAAUACUUAGGCUAUCACUCUUGUGGGCUUCCUACAUUCUACACAGAUGAUGGAAACGAGGCGACGUGGAUAAACGAAAUUUGGGCACAAGGCGAGCCAAACAACAGGGAUGGGAUCGAGUACUGUGUUGCCAUGACUUAUUGGAAAGAGUUUAAUGAUUAUUACUGUGAUAAAUCUCUUCCAUUUGCCUGUCGAUUUUCCAAAAAUUGUCAAUAA